GAUCAUAAGAAUGCACUGUUUAGAGUGAUUGAUGGGGUUAGAUAUCUUGUCAUGACAUCACAAGAUAAAACCAAUAGAUUGAAUAUCAUGAGGAUUUUAUUAGAGAAAAACAUAGACAUGACGUCACCAAAUAAGGCCGACAAGACUGCAAUUGAGUAUGUGAGGUCUAAAAUUUGUACAGGAAGUAUUUUUCAGAACCAAUUUUAUGAAGAAGCUGAGAUAUUGUUAAUUAAAGUGAAAAAGGAACGUGACUAUAAAAUACUACAGAAGGAGCCUGGAAUCCCCAUCGACGUAACAAAACUACUGUUUUGUGGAGAUGGAGGUGCAGGGAAAACAACUCUGAAGAAGUCUUUACUCAAAACAUCCAAAUCUAAAGCUGGUCCUGAACCAGGCAAAGAUAAGUAUGUGUUGACCCCAGGCAUAGACAUAUCAAAAGAAGAAGUGCCAGGUGUUGGUAAAAUGGUUAUGUUAGAUAUGGCAGGACAAGAGAGUUAUUUCUCCAGUCACGCCAUGUUUCUGUAUGCUGGCUUGGCCACUAUAAUUGUGAUGUACCAGGUGUGUGACUUUAUAAACGGGAAGAUAAUCAGACCAUUGGAUAUUAUGGAGAGAGAAAAGACUCGG